GAAUGUUGGGUUCAGGGUGGCCUUUCCUAGUUUAGAUACAAAAUGCACACCAAAUCCCAUCAGAGGCAAUUGUAAAAGAAAUUGAAACAAGGAUAAAUGGCUUGGAAAAUAAAUUAGUCGGAGUUGAAAAUCUUGAAGUAGUGGGCAGUGAGGGUUGGACACUGAUGUGUGAAGGAGAAUCAGAGAAGCAGAAAAUUAUGCAACAGACUCCAAUAAGAGUGCUCCAUCGUCAAAGUCUGUUGGAGCGGGAAAAACUUAUAAAUUGGAUGAAAAUUGAGAGGAUUGCUGGAAGCUCUCAAUAUUUUCUACUGUACCUCUGCACUCAGGCAGGCACAUAUAUCAAGGAAUUUGUUCAUGGGGAUCUCGGGCGGAGUCACCCAAGCGUUGGAUCAAUCCUUGGAUGCAGAGCAGAGAUACUGCAACUUGAUGUUACAGAUGUCAAAAUGGACUGUUUUCUAACUGGGUGAGGCAAUGCGCAUUCCAAUUUAGUUUUUCAUGUAUCUGAACCGUAGUUUUGUGUUUUCAUCUUAAUGAAUUACUUAACUGCAAUUUUGCGGUAAAGCCGGGUUUGUCCACAAAGGAUGCCAAUAUAUCCACCCUUUUGGU